UUGGUUCUCAUUUAUUUUUAUGCGUCACACAGAGCAUCACCAAAAUGAAUUUUUGUAACCUGAAUCACGAUGUCCUGCUCAAAAUCGUUGAGUACUUGUCGCUGGAUGAUCAAAUAUCGCUGUGGCAGGCCAGCGAGCCCACAUCCCAACUGAAUCUGGUUCUGUGUCACGCCUGGCAGCGCUCAAAAAGGCAAGACUUGUGUGGGAAUUGCUUCGAGGGACAACCGAAGGCUGUGCUGGAUGCCUUUCUGGCUGCAGUGAGUGGCACACUCGAGCAGCUGACACUCAGUGAAGUGCCGAUGGAUCAGCUUGAUGUGUGGCAUAAGUACAGUUUUCCCAAAAUGCAAGCUCUGCUUUAUAAGGAAAACGAAGAUGGUCGCAUCGAUGAAACGGAGAUCAAAAUCCUAACCGAAUGCUUUCCAUUGCUGCAAACGGUCAAGUUAAAGUGCCGUCGCAUGAGCCCACAUCUGAGUAGCUGGAAAAACCUCAACCAUCUGGACCUUAGAGAAUGCUGGAACGUAACCGCAGAAUGCAUGGAGCACGUCUUUGGGAAUCUUCGCCUGCGGGUGCUGAAAAUUGGCCAAUACCAAGAGCCAUUUCCCAGCAUGGAGAAGAGUAUGCAGGAACUGGAGGAGCUGGAACUUGGUAUUCUCAAAGAAAAAAUACGCGGUCUGAGCACUUUACCAAAGCUGAAAAAAUUGUCUUACAACGCCUUUUUGCCCGAUCUUUGGCUGACUGUUCCGAAUAUUGGUAGACGUAGAAUUCUGGCUGAAACUACCAAUGUCAUGACAUUCUAUGUUUUGUCCCUGUGCGAGAGAUGGAUAUCCUUUCAUCAAGCCAUCAAACUCACACUCGUUGGUGCGGCGCACGGAUUACACACUCCGUCACACACUUACAAGCAUUUCAAGCCCUUUUGCCAUUUGAGACAAUUGCAUGUGCACAACGUGGACCUUUGGACGAAUGCCGAUCAACUCUGGGAAACGGUGGCGGACUGUCCAAAGCUCAAGAUUUUAAUUAUCACCAAGCAAAUGCUAAGCAGUUUCUUUUUCCAUUUCAGCUUGGAAACAAUGCAUCAGGCGCUAAGUGUGCGUUCAGAGCCCCUGCACCUGGUUUUCCAUCAGGUUAAUUGUACAAACUUAAUUAUGAAGUAUUUUCGACAUCCCCAGUUAAAGGUUUCAUUUCAAGCUGUGGACUGUGCACAUUUCCGUGAGCAGAUGCUCGAGCUGGAGCUGUUGCCUUUGCAGCGCGACUAAAGAAAGUAUCUGUCAAAAUAUAUUACACAAAUCUUGGAGGCAUUAAUUCUCAUUAAAAUUCUGUCAAAGCUCCUCCAUUGGGCAUUCAAUUCACGCAACAAACAUAAUAAAAAUGAAUUUCCAUCAUGAUUAAAGUUUCCAUAAUAAUACAAACAAUUGCCGGGCUCAUUAUGCCCACGCUUUGGGUCUGUCUGUCUGACUGUCUGUCUGUCUGACCGGCUUGUCCCACACUAUUUGUGGCCUUAAUGCAUCUUCCUGCCAGUUGACCAGAAGCGGAUGCAGUGCAACGGCAAUGAGCUGGAGGCCCAGCAUAUGUGAACGUGUCCGACCUCCGACGGCCAAUGUCCAUGCUGGCAUAUGGCAUAUGCUGGCACGGAUUCCCA